CAAAUAUUUAAUUAGGGUUUUGAAAUUAAUAUACAACUGCCAUUACAGAGUGGCAAUCACAGAGCUUUUGUCUUAAAAUUUGUUAAUUUACAAUUAUAAAAAUUUAGGGUUUUUAUGAUUUAUUUAAAUUUAUUUUGUUCAUUUCUCUCUCUGUCUCUACUACUUUUCUCUCUCCCUAGUCUCUUCUUCUCCUACUUCUUCUCUCUAUAGGAAAUUUUUAGAGUUGUAAAAGGAUUUGGAGGAGAGAUUAAAAGCAGAAAAGAAACCCAAACGGCUAUAAUUCCUGUACUCUCUAAAACUCUCUUCAUACUAGUAUUUAUUACUUAGAGUAAGAGAUAUAGAGGGGGGUCAAAAUAACAGAGAUUUGAAUAUCUGAAACUCUCUGAUUUUAGUUCUUUUAGGUUAGAUUGUGGUGUUGGGUGAUUCCCAUUUUGUUGAUCUGGCCUAACAAGAAGAACAGGAUUGGGUUUUUAUCGAAUUUGCGAAGAGAAAGGAAGGAUUUUAUUAGGGAUUUGGUGGUGGUAAUGAUGCCGGAAGGAGGAGGAUAUUAUUGUUCUAAAAAGACUGAUGAUAUAUGUGAAGAUGUUUGUGGCCAGGAGUCUACUCAAGCAGCUUUAAGCAUGUCUAGACUACGGUGUAUUAUGCGGGGAUUUGAUAUGAAAGCGUAUAUACUUCUAUUCAUUAUUGUUCCUACUUGCAUCCUUGGUAUGUAUUUGCAUGGACAGAAGAUUUCUUAUUUCUUACGACCAAUAUGGGAAUCACCUCCUAAGCCUUUCCAUGACUUGCCGCACUAUUAUCAUGAAAAUGUGUCGAUGGAGAACCUCUGCAAGCUUCAUGGGUGGGGAAUUCGCGAGUCUCCAAGGCGGGUUUUUGAUGCAGUGUUGUUCAGUAAUGAGGUUGACCUACUGCAAGUUCGGUGGAAUGAGUUGUACCCUUACAUUACGCAGUUUGUUCUUUUGGAAUCAAAUUCAACGUUUACUGGUUUGCCAAAGCCAUUUGUGUUUGCUAGUCACAGAGAUGAGUUCAAAUUUAUUGAGGAUCGGCUCACUUAUGGGACUGUUGGAGGAAGGUUUAGAAAAGGGGAAAACCCAUUUGUUGAGGAGGCAUAUCAAAGAGUAGCACUUGACCAGCUUCUUAGAGUAGCAGGUAUAAUGGAUGAUGACUUGUUAAUAAUGUCAGAUGUCGAUGAGAUCCCGAGCAGACACACAAUCAAUCUCCUCAGAUGGUGCGAUGAUAUUCCUCCUAUACUUCAUCUCCGUCUCAAUAACUAUUUGUAUUCUUUUGAGUUUCUCGUGGAUAAUAAAAGUUGGAGAGCAUCAGUUCAUGUAUAUCAGACAGGUAAAACAAGGUAUGCACAUUAUCGACAGACGGACACUAUCUUGUCAGAUGCUGGAUGGCAUUGCAGCUUUUGCUUCCGCCGUAUCAGUGAGUUCAUCUUUAAGAUGAAAGCUUAUAGUCAUUAUGAUAGAGUCAGAUUCUCCGGUUACUUGAAUCCCAAAAGGGUUCAAGACGUGAUCUGCAAAGGGGCUGACCUAUUUGACAUGCUUCCAGAGGAGUACACAUUCAAGGAUAUAAUUGGGAAAUUGGGACCAAUCCCGCAUUCAUAUUCAGCAGUUCAUCUUCCAGCAUAUGUUUUGAAUAACUUCGAUAAGUAUAAAUUUCUAUUACCGGGAAAUUGCAAAAGAGAAAGUGGCUAAGUCUCUCGCUGGCAGGUCUAGGCUGGCCUGGUUUGUAAUGGGUCACGGGUAUGCGAACUAUUUGAUCGCCGUGCCAAGAGAAGGAUCCUGUUAAGCAAGUAAUGACUUUUGUGUGCAUAUGGAUAUGUUGUUUAUCCAACUAAUUUUUUAGACAUUCUUUAGAGAGAAAGUUGAGGGAAGAUGGAUGAGUUCUUGAACUUCCAUGGUAAAGCUUUUGUAUAUGGCCCUUGUUUCUUUUUUAGGUCUUGGUUUCUUUCAAGGUGGUGAUGCCAUCCACUUUGUACAAGGAUCAUCCUGUGGGAGAGUUGCUGAGGAAAGCUUUCGCUUGUUGGUAUGGCUUUUGAUAUAAUCCAAUUGCGAAAGAAAAAGAAAAACAAUCCUGGUUGAGAUAUUCUGAACCAUUCUUUUGUCCGGAAUUUUGUUGUUCUUAUGAUUAACUUAUUCAUACAUAUUCAUAUAGCAAAAUGGUCUUCACUCUUCACAACUACCUUUGUACAAUCUGGUUGAUUUCAUCAUAAUGCUAAUCUCAUUCUUGCUCCA